AUGGCCGACGCCGACGAAGAUACAACCCGGUCGCCUGCCACAGGGUCAGAGCAAAUCGAAACCGACUUAUCCGACGAAACACAAGACUUCCGCCUGUUGAACCAUCUCAACUUUCUCACCGACACAUCCAACGCCAGCCUCCCCCGCCGUGGCGAAAAAGACUUCGAACCAAACCCAACCGAGCUCCAAGCCGAUGUCCUCUCCGCCUCGCGCCAGGCCAUGCACAAUGCGCUCUCGUAUCCGCGCAUCCACGCCCCAAAGAACCAGGUUGUGGCCUUCUACUCACCAGAUGGGCCGAUUCCACCGCCUGCGCAUUCGUUGCGCGAGCCAUUGGAAACCGUGGAUGAAAAUAUAAAGUCGUCAAACUCGGACCCGAAGACAAAACCUUCCAAGGUCUCAGAGAAGGGCGUUGGUGUCUCUGCUGAAGCGUGCGUUUGUGUUCCCAGUCCGAAGGGAACAUACUUCAAGGCGAUGGGUCAGGCAGAUCGGUGGAAUCGUAUUUGGCUGUUGCCCGAGGAGGCGCUGUACAUGCUUGAGCGAGGGUCUCUGGAUAUCCGGUGGCCGCAGGAGUUGACUGGUUCGGUCGACGAACCGUCGAUUCCGAUGAGUCUGCAGGCGGCAUAUACGUGCUUCAUUGGACGGGGCGGACUCACACUUGAGAGGUUCUCGGUGUAUACCGGACUGAAACGGUUAGGGUAUGCGCUCAUCAGGGCUCCCGGGUGGGAUGAUGAGACGGACGACACCAGCAAUGCACAGGAACGUGCACUACAAUUAAAUCCUGCGCAACGAGGCCCAGGACUCGGUGGGAUCUUCAGUCGUCUUUUCGAAUGGAUCCAUGACCCGUUUUCCACAGCCUCCACAAAAACCGGUCCCGUCGUGGGCUGCGGCAUCCAUCGCAGCUAUGCUGAUGUAUACCGCAAACUCGCCAUCAUCCCCUGGUACGACCCCAUCACCCCACAACCAAAUCUCGAACCCACCGCACCCUUCCGCGUGGUAUAUCACAUCUACAAACCGUCAACCAGCUACAAAAAAACUGCCCCGCCACCACCGGACUUCAGAAUCGCAGUCAUAAGCACACGCGAUCAGACGACGCUCCCGACAUUAACGCAGCUCAGCGCGCUCCUCCAUUCCACGCCUCUGGUUCCGCCGCACGGGGAGAAGAUGGACAGGAUGAUGUACAUGCGUCUGCGGCAUGGAUAUCGCAAUGUCAUCCUUGCGGUUGUUGACCAGGGGGUUGUGAGUUAUCUCCGGGUUGGGGACGCGGCGUUUGGGAAGGAGAAGCUUUUUGAGAAUGUGAAGCCUUUCGCUGGGACGAAGCGGAGUGGGUAUUCUGGGAAAUCGAAGGGGCGGUAA